CGCGAGCCUGCAGUGACUGACAGCGUUGGACGCAUUCUUGUGCCUGAAUCACCAGACCUGUGGCGAGAGCGGUUUGGACUGGCCCUAGCUCUCUCACGUCUACCCGAGGUUCUGACUCCCUGUGAUACGGCCUACCACGAACUCAGGAGAGGCCUAUAUCUCUCGGAUGCCGAUGAUGCGGAACACAUUCCAAAUGAGCAGGAGGACGGUAACACCUGUUUGACUGACACCGGACCGGAUAGGCCCGCUAGUGCCGCCGACACCUGGAUAAUCGACAUGUUUCGAUUUUUGGUUCCUGAUGGACUGAAUGAUCGAAAUGCUGCGGUGCGAUCUCGACUCUUACAGACCGGUCUCCGCGCUGUCGCGAUUUGUGGCAAAUCCCAUUUUGGACAGCUUCUUCCCAUCUUGGAGUUGUUUUUGAAUAAAGCACCUAAUGUGGCAGAGUUGGAUGCGGUUCGACAAUCUGUCCUUAUUUUAACCGCUUCACUUUCACAACAUCUCGCGGCCGAUGAUCCAAAAGUCUGGAAUAUCUUCAGUCGUCUACUGACCACCCUCAGUUUCCCGUCGGAUGUGGUACGUAUGGGCUGUGUGUGUGUGUGCAUCCGCUUUUAUUGCACCUGUGGUGAUCUCUGA